AUGAAUAAUCAAUAAUUACCAAGAACUAUUUAAGAAUUAGAUAUUGACACUAAAGAGUUGAGUAAAAGAAUUCGAUAAUUAUAAAAUUGGAAGGCUGUCCUUUCUAUUUUUCAGUCAGACAACUUUACUCCAGAGAUAUUGAUACAUUAUUUUAUGGCCACUUUCAAUGAGGCUGGACCUCAUCAAUAUUUAACUAACAGUUUGUAUCAUAUGCCCAAAAAGUUCAUUGAAUAUUAUAUUCCCUAAUUUGUGUACUAUUUCUGUCUAAUAUCUAGGUAUAUGGUGGUCAAGAAUGGCUCUUAAAGUAUGGAAACUUUCUUAGAAUCAUUAAGUUCCUUAAGCAUUGCAAAUUAUUUUAAAAUACUUUGGUGUCUGAUUGCCUAUUCUUAAGAUGAAAAAAAGUAUAGCAAAAUAUAUUCUAAAUUGGAAUCCUUUUAAAGGGUAAAUUUUUAUUCAUUUAUAUAAGCGAUUAGAAAAAGAAAUGAUUAAUGGCGCUCUUAAAAUGAGUAACGAUGAAAUUGAGUAAAACAAGGAUAAUCCAUAGUUUUAGGAGGGUAUACUUUUUGUCUAACAUUUCUAGUAUUGAUGAAAUAAUGCAUGGAGAAGGAGUUCAGAUCUCAUUACAUGAUUGCCCAAGAUCGAUUUAUUAUUCAAAUGAUUUAAUUAUCCUUAACAUUAAAAUCAAUUGAAAAUGAAAACAGAAAGAAAUAUCUAGUAUCCUAAAUUUAAAAGGGUAAUAAUGCAAUCAAACGAAUGACUAACAUGAAUAGGAGGUUAGCUUAUUUCAGAGGAAUAAUAAUACCAUUUUAGAGGGAUAAUGAGUAUUCCGAAGCUUCCAAUUUGGUAUUUUUUCAUUUAAAAUUUACAGAUGGUAAAUAUAUGUGAGGAGGGAGCAGCAUGUUUUAACACAAAAACUAGAGUUCCAUAUAGAAUUGUAAUUGAAACAAUCAGCAUCAUAGAGCAGCAACAAAAGAUUGAUUCAACAAAAGUAGAUGAAAAUGAAUGCGAUGCCUUAAAUGAUUCUGAAGAUUUCAUAUAAAUGGAUGUACCCAAUAAUUUAGAAGAGUAAAUGAAACAGUUAACAAAUGAAAAAUAGUAGGAUAUAAUUUUCAACUAAUUGAUAAAAUACGAUAGUUAGAGUUCCAGUUUUAAGGAUUUUGAUGAUUUGAAUCAAAAUUUAGAAGGAAAUUAAAAUUAAGAUAUGAUUAAAAAAAGAAGUAGUUCUUGGUCAGACACUGAAAACUCACAAGCAUCUGUCGAACGCUAAGAAAAACAUAGUCCAUAAAAAAGUAAAGAUUUGGAAGAUAGUUUUUCAUCAACCAGUUCAGAACAUUAGAUAUCUACAUUAAAUAUUGGGGUUGUCGAAUAAAAUUAGUAAAUUUAGGGAAUUGUUCAAUCUCCAAUAUCAUAAAGAUCUUCUGUAAAUUAUAUUCAAAAUAAAUCGAAUUCUACUUUAAAUCCUUGGGGUGAAGAUUGGAAAGAUAAAAUUAAUAGAAUUAAGCAAGAAUCAAAAUUCAAAGAUUUCGAAUCUUUAAAGAUUAGAGUUAUAAUGGUGAAAGGAGGUGAUGAUCUAAGGCAAGAAUUAUUAAUAAUGCAGGUGAUACAAAAGAUGCAUGAAAUUUUUAGAUCAACUUAAUUGAAUUUAUUUUUGAAGCCUUAUGAAAUAAUAGUAGUGUCUGAGAAUUCUGGGAUAUUAGGUAAAGUAUAAUGAGUUAUUUGAUAGAAUUUGUUUAAAAUACAGUUUCAAUGGAUGGACUAAAGAAAUAUUUGGCUAAGCAAAAAUUAAGUUUGGUUUAAUUUUAUAAAUAAUAUUUUGACUCCGAUUACCAUUAAGCUCAAAAGAAUUUUGUUGAAAGCUUGGCAGGAUAUUCUCUAUUGAGUUACUUUUUAUAGAUAAAGGAUAGACAUAAUGGAAAUAUACUGGUUGAUAAUUAGGGACAUUUGAUUCAUAUAGAUUUUGGAUUUGCUCUUUCUAUUUCACCAGGUAAUGCUGGAUUUGAGACUGCUCCAUUUAAGAUGACAAAGGAUUAUUUAGAAAUAAUGGAUAAUAAAAAUUCAAGCAUGUUUGAAUAUUUUAGAAGAUUGAUGUUUAGUGGAUUUAUGGAAAUCAGAAGAUACUGUGCUUCGAUAUUUUAAAUUAUUGAGAUAAUGAUGGAAAAGAGCAAUUUUAAUUGUUUUAAAUAUUUUGAUUUUUCUGAAUUCAAAUAACGAUUUAUGUUGAAUAAGACUGAGAUAUAAGUAAAUUGUAAUUUACUAAUAUAAACUAGUGUAGACAAGAGAUAGACAAAUUAAUUUAAAUGAGCAUGGAAGACUCUCGUACUAAGCUUUAUGAUUAAUUUCAAUAUCUAACUAAUGGAAUAUACCACUGAGUAUAUUGUCAUAUGAGUGACAGUGAUUAAUUUGUAUAAAAUGUAAUAUCAUAACAAUUUAUGAAUC